AGCAAGCCGGACGGGAAUAAUCGCACGGUCGGAACGGACAGCAGGAGUGACGGAGUGUGCCGUGGGGUGUUGUGUCGCAUUUCGCCCGUCGUCGUUUUGUGUGUGUGUUUUCCAUCACCAUCAGCCGAGCCGCGGAGGAACUACUAGUUGUAAUCGGAAUACUUUUCUUCUUGCUGGAAAAGCGAGAAAACUUUCUUUUUGCCGGAAAUUGUGCAAACGAACGGAUCGAGAGGAAGAUAUUUCGCGAUCCCUCAAACGGUGAGCUCGGCACGAUACAUCGCAGUGUAAGCAUUAAAAGUGCAGCUUCCCGAGUUGUGUGUGAUUUGUGGAUGGUUGGAAUUUAAACGGAUUUGCCGACGAGGAUACUCGCUUGGUGAGAAGCGAGGGCGGCUUUCAAGUGCCACCGCAUCAACGAGUUCAAAGCGGAUCCGGCCUACGGUGGGAUCUCGGAACAACGCACAACAGGGAGAAGCAAUUCUCUAACCCAAAGCUAUCCUUCAAGAUGGAUGCUCUGCCGGAUUCGGUCCAAAUUAGUAAAAAUCGUUCGUUGAUUGUGAUCCGUAGCUAGCUGCUUUGUGCCGCAACCAAAGGAACGGAGAUCCCUUCCGGGUGUGCUUAGAGAACGAGGGAGUGUAGUGCCAGUUAUCACUUAUUAGUUUGUGUCCUCCAACAACCACCAGUAGAAAUAAAAACGCGCCGGAGUCGGGUCCUUUUAACAAUAAAAGGACAAAAAGUUUUAAAUUUCGGUUGGUCCCCCCUUGUUUAGAACAGAAGGUCAAUACCCGUUGCCGAAGACCUUUGCAACGUGCACACCUUAGUAGUAAUUAGUAACGAUUAGUCUAAAAAAACGCGGUCCGGAGGAACCGACGAAUUCUAGAACUGUGCGCAAAGAUUCCUUUGCGCGGACAUAAUGGUCAAGGAAAAGCCCAAUUCAACUCGAAUCUACGAUAAGGACGGAUACCGACGACGUGCCGCUUGCAUCUGUGUGCGGUCCGAAGCGGAAGCGGAGGUAUUACUAGUUACAUCAUCAAGACGUCCUGAACUAUGGAUAGUUCCAGGUGGCGGAGUCGAACCGGACGAAGAGUCCUCAUUGACGGCUACUCGCGAAGUCUUGGAAGAAGCAGGAGUUAUUGGAGAGCUGGGUAGAUGUUUAGGGAUUUUUGAAAAUAGUGAACACAUGCACCGGACCGAGGUGUUCGUUAUGGUUGUCACCCAGGAGCUGGACGAAUGGGAAGAUUCUAAAACCAUCGGCCGCAAACGGCAGUGGUUCACCAUCGAGGAAGCUCUCACGCAGCUGGCACUGCAUAAGCCAACCCAGCGUCACUAUCUUCUGCAGUUACGCCAUUCGAAAAAUAAUUCGUCACCGACAGAAAAUUGCAUACACGUGGUUACGGACGAGGCGGAUGACGAGCCCGAGGGGGUGCCUACUAGUGCGACGACGAAAAUCAACGAAAACAGGACGAAAUCACCACCACCAUCACCACCGCCACAGCCUCCCUUGACGGAGGAAGAUGGACCGACUUCUGCUGAAACGGAAGAUCAACCGGCCGCCGACACCGAUGAACUAUCGGAAACGACCUCCUAAACCGUCUUCAACACUAUUUCGAAUGACUUUGAAUAUUAGUUGUUUUUGUUGUUUCUCCGGCACAAAGGGACGCUUACAAGUUCAGGUAAACUUAUUUUUAAACGUAUUCUUCUAAUUGUUGAUGCUACUGGCACUCCCUAAUUUUAAUGGGCCAUAUUCGAACAUUGCACAACAUCAGUGAUUGUGGUGGUCUACAAAACAUUCUGUAAAUUAUUGCACGACUAAGUGAACGCUUUCUAGUAAAAACUUAACAAUUCAAAAGUAA